CAACAUCAACAGUUUCGAAGAAGAGGACGGCGACUCAUCCCGUUUUACUGGAGUGUUCCAGGCCACACUCGUGGAGCUGGUCUCUGACCCCGCAGCUCCCCCUCCACUCCCCCUGCCUCCCCCGACACAGACUCCAACCAGUUUGACAUGGAUACCCUGGUGGAUACCCUGAAGAGCAUGGGACCUUCCCUGAGGCAGAGGAACAUGGGCAUACGUGCUCCUCCUCCGGUUCUGGUCUCCUCCCUGCCACCAAUUGUCGAGGAUGCUCCCAGCCCUGUCACUUCUGACAUUCCUGCCUCCCUCACAAGUCCCACAAAAAAGACGGAAGCAACAGGCAACCCUGCCGAGUCCCUCAACGGACUUUACACUCUGCCUGCUGACCUGGGACUGAGGAGGAGCUCCACCAGAGACACUCGUUCACCAUUGGAACUGAUGAAGCAGAGCCAGCAGGACCGGCAGCAGCCUGGAACAAGAGGCCUGAACUUGCCCCUGAGAGCAUCUGCUACCAAUAGUUUGGUAAUGAGAAAAUCCUCUGACUCUUCUAAUGAGGACAUACUAUCCCCAAUGCUUAAUGGAAACGGAGUACUUCCGUCUUCCAGCACUGGCUCUCGCCUAGACAACAGUGUCAUCUUUGGAAGCUACAGAUCAGCAUCCAUAGAUCAGACAUUGGAAAACAGAAACGCCCAUCACCCCCUCUUCCGCACCGGCUCGCUACCUGAAGCAGGGCCUUCAAAUGAUUGCAUGACAGGACAGAAGGAGCUUAGUGAACUGGGCACUGGAACAGACCCAGCAGGGUCCCGCUUUGAUCGCUUCUCCUUCUUUUUGAACUCCACAUCCUCCUUGUCAGGCUCCAUGACCGGGACUGAAGACCCUAACGCUCGUAUGAGUCGGCCUCCACCACUGAGCAUCAGCUCGCCAACCUCCGGCAACAGUCCCACCCACCUCCUUAGCCCCACCGGCUCCAUAGACCUUCACAGGCCGUUCACCACCACAGACCCCCCCCUAUCUAUGUUUGGCCAGUCACAGGGGAUGGGGAUGGGUGUAGGUACUGGGGCACUGGGCAGUCCUCUCCUGCAGAAGAGCUUCAGUAGUGACGGCACCAUGGGAGUCCACCAAACUUCACCGUUCAACAGUGUACAUGGGGGGUCUCAGUUCCAGAGCCACGAACUUGAGCCUGAGAGGAAUUUAGCAUUAAAAUACAGAGCCUUCCCUGAUGCUUAUCUCACUAAAGAGAAGGAACAUGGGAAGCUCAAUCCUCGUCCUGGAAAGAUGUAUAUCUUUGACCAGCCAGGGAUGUGUGGCCAGAGGAUCGAAGUAUGCAAUGAUGUCAUCGACGCUACGUCCUGGGAGCUGCAGGAGACCAUCUCCAUCAGGGUCGUCAGAGGAGGAUGGGUGCUCUAUGAGAAACCUAACUUCAAAGGGGACAAGAUCGCUCUAGACGAGGGAGACAUAGAGCUCACCUACCCCUUCGACCCUCCAGAGGAGCAGCUGCAGAACGGACAGAAGGAAGGUGAAGAUCAGAACGGAGAAACAAGUGAUGUGCAGUCUCAGACCAUGCCAGCCAGGAGGUUCAUCAUUGGAUCUGUUCGAAGAGCUGUCAGGGACUACAGUGUCCCAGAAAUCUGUCUUUUCCCAGAAGAGAACGCCGAGGGGAAGAAGGUCAUCUUCAGAGAUACAUCUGAAGAUGCCAGGAUUUUUGGCUUCCCCAUCAAGGCUAACUCUGUCAUCAUUAACGCUGGGCUAUGGCUUGUGUACGCACAGCCCUUCUUCCAGGGUGUACCACGUGUCCUGGAGGUGGGGGGGUACUCGAACCCUGCAGCCUGGGGAGUAGAACAGCCCUAUGUGGCAUCACUACAUCCACUCAAAGUAGGUGAACCAAGAGUGGAAAAUAUGAGUGAACCAAAGAUGGUGAUCUACGACAAGCCGUACUUCACUGGGAAAUCAAGGACCAUAACCGCCAACAUGAGAGACUUCAUGACCAGAAUAGACAGGCAGCAGACAGCCUUUAUGUACAAUGUCGGCUCCCUUAAAGUACUGGGAGGAAUCUGGGUGGGCUACGAGAAAGAGGGCUUCCGAGGCCACCAGUACCUGCUGGAAGAGGGAGAGUACCAUGACUGGAGGGUGUGGGGAGGCUGUGAUUCUGAGCUGCGCUCCGUUAGGGUGAUACGAGCAGACCUGACAGACCCCUUGAUGGUGAUGUUUGAACAGCCAGAAGAAGAGGAGGAUGGCAAGCAGGAGGAGAACACCUUCGAGGUGACGGAGGCCAUCCCUGACGUUGAACUGUUUGAGUACAAAACUUCCACACGCUCCAUCCACGUACUCAGUGGGGCAUGGAUAGCCUACUCCCAUGUAGACUUCUCUGGGAACCAGUACAUCUUAGAGAAAGGUUUCUAUAAUAACUGUGCUGACUGGGGUUCUCAGGACACUCGCAUCUGCUCAGUGCAGCCCAUCCUACUGGCUCCAAGUGACAGCCCAAUGAUCAGCAAUCAGUUAAUGAUGUACUCUGAGCCAGACUUCCAGGGUGAGUGUCACGUCUUUGACCGCAACCAGGAAGCAGUGCCAGAAAAAUUAGUGACCAAGUCCUGCCGAGUGUCAGGGGGAAGCUGGGUGCUCUACGAGGAUAAACAGUACUCUGGGAACUUGUAUGUCUUAUCUGAUGGAGAAUACCCCAAUUUAACCAGCAUGGGAUGUCCGCCCGGCUGCACCAUCCGUUCUUUCAAGGCCGUGCCAAUGACAUUCUCAGUGCCCUCCAUCUCUCUGUUUGGCCUUGAGUGUCUGGAGGGCAGAGAGAUCACCACAGACACAGAGAUCCUCAGCAUGGUUGAAGAGGGCUUCAACAACCACAUUCUCUCUGUCAGAGUCAACAGCGGCUGUUGGGUGAUAUGUGAACACAGCAACUACAGGGGGCGCCAGUUCUUUCUGGAACCAAUUGAAAUCACCAACUGGCCGAAGUUUAGCUCACUACAGACUAUUGGCUCAAUGUUCCCAGUCAGGCAGAAGCGGCACUUUUUCCGCAUCAAGAACAAAGAGAGAGGUCACUUCAUGUCUAUCCAGGGCGGCGUGGAGGAGAUGAAAUCAGGACGAGUGGUGGUGACACCAGUAGUACAGCCAAUGAGUGACAUCUGGUUCUAUCAGGGCGGCUUCAUCAAGAGCAAAUUGUCCCCAACCAUGAGCCUUCAGGUGAUGGGCAACAUAGAGCCGGGAGCCAAGGCGGUUUUGUGGACAGAGACCCGGCAGCCUAUCCAGACCUGGACUGCCCAGAUGAGAGGCCUCAUCACCAGCCUUACUUUCCCCGGCAUGGUCCUAGAUGUCAAAGGUGGCAAAACUUACGACAAGGACCAUGUGGUGAUAAUGCCAGAAAGUGAAGAGAGGCCAAGCCAACAGUGGGAGAUAGAGCUGCUGUAGCCUGCUAUAAAACCUCAUGUUUCUCUUCGCUAGGCUUUCCUCAGCAGUGCAUCAACGGUGCUUCUCUUUACAACUCCAGAAUAUUCCAUAAAUAUACUGGGAACCAACACUGCCACUGCAAUAUGAUGUUUUUCAAACUCCAUGAUCCCUGUAACAAGUAUGAACAUUGCAACAGUAAGAAUGCAACUAAGCAAUACAAGCCCUGAAAAAUCCAGACAGUUAAGUGCUUUGCAAAGUUUUGUGUGUUUUUUUGUUUUGUACUCAUGUCAUGAAAUGACUGCAUUUUCUCCAAGUCAGAUAAUGAUUUGAUGUAUGCAAGGACUACAAAAAAAAGCUGUAAGUGCCUUCACACUUGCUGCAGCAACUGGGUCACAUGAGUUGGAAAGCAAGAAUAAAUGUAUUUUUGAGGAAGUGCUGAACUACUGUAUACAAACCCAGCAUGGCAAGAACUAUCCAUUUGUAUUCAGUGAUUGAGGGUUGGACCUCAAUGGUUGGACCUAUUCCAUGUCUUUGUCUUUGACCUUUAUCAGAUGUUAUCAUUUGUCAACAAUUUGAGUAUUCAAACUAGAAUCUCCUUGUUUUGUAUGAUUCCCGGCUCAUGCAAAUGUCCUGAUUGUAAAGGCACCUGUAGUUGAUGCUUUCAUAACUUAGUUUAUAAUGGAGCAAACCAAGUUUUCUUAGUAAUUCCUUUUGGACAUUGUUUUCCUGGAGCGAACAGCAGCUAACAAUGCUUUAUACAGAUAGGGGACGAAUGAAGCCACAAAUGAAUGCGUAGUGUGCAAGAAAUGUAUGCUAUGCUUUUUUAAAGUUUUUUUUUUGUAUGUAGGCCUACUGUAUGUAUCAAUGUUUGUUUUGUGGGAAAUUAUGCAGUUAUGUAUGCAGUAUAUCACAUUGCACGGUGCAGCGCAAUGACAUGGGUUGUGUGUGUCCAGUUACCCUAAUUGUUGAUAUAUUUUUGUCAUAAUUCAAAUUGUUACACGAAAACAUAUGUUACCUGGAUCAGCUGUAUGUUAAUAUUUGAUACUAAAGAUAUGAUGUUAAAGGUUAUGUAAGAGGGAGCGGUUUUAAAAUAUUGAAUAAGAAAUUGUUAAAUAAAACAAAGCUAAUUGAUUUCAAAAGAUUGAAGAAUUUUUGUAACAUUAUGUAAAUCCACUGUUUUAAAAAAAAACACUAUAUCCACCCACUAAAAACCAAUUUACUACAAACAUUUA